AUGACGACGUCAGAGUUGGAAGUAAGCGGCAGCUCGUGGGACGUCUCUCAAUUUCAACACACCCCUUUUUACUGUGAGGAGAAUGUGUACUUGCUUUGCAAGGAACUGGGCACAAAGGAAAUAGCAGAUGCCCAAAGUUCUGAUCUUUUUGUUGUUUUCAUUUCCAAUGAGAAAAAACAGAUCCCAUUGUGGCAUCAGAAGGCCAGCAGCCGAGCAGAUGGGGUUGUUCUCUGGGAUUAUCAUGUCAUUUGCAUACAGAGAAAAGGCAGAGGUGAAUCACCCUCCCCACACUUAGUGUGGGAUUUAGAUUCAAGUCUUCCAUUUCCUUGUCCCAUAGCACGCUACGUCUCCGAAACUAUCCGCCCCGACUUUCAGACCUUUUCUGAAUUCCAAAGGUAUUUCCGGAUUGUGCAUGCCCCCGUGUUUCUUCGUUGCUUUGCAUCUGAUAGGAGACACAUGAAAGAUUCUGUUGGCAAUUGGCUACAUCAACCUCCCCUCUACCAGCCCAUUGUUGCGGAGGAUGGAACUGUUCACAACCUGAAUGAGUACUUCGACAUCCGUGCUACAGAUGCAGCGACAGGUACAGGAGCUGAUAUGACCAAUGAAGUUUUUACCAAAAAGCUUGGUGUGGUCGUAACAGAAAGCCAACUGGAGGAGUUCUUUUCGCAAAUUCCUUGA